UUCAAAGAACAACCAGUUACUUGGACUUCAAUUCAAUCCUCAUGACCAGCACAUGAAAAUUAAAUGAGUUACUGCUGCAUUCAAAAUCCAAACCCUGGCUCGUGUAUGAUGUUCCUCAGUCAAACUUCAUGCCCUUUCCUAACCCAGAUCCCUUUACUUACAUUCAUGCCCUCCACGCCUUUCAUGGAAGAGAAUAUUUUGUAGCUUCUUGCACCUUUAAAAAAUAAUUAUCUUGUUUUAAACCGAUUUUGUUCUCAUUCUCUUCAAAGACAACAAAGAAUACUUAAGAUUGGUACUUACUGCUUACCAUUCCGAUGAAAUUGUAGAGUGAGUGCUUUUCUUUUUUUAACUUCUAUUGGUAUUGGACAGUGUACUAGUAGUGGGGAGAGGUGAGAGAGAAAAGAGACCGCUCCAGCUCUCUGACUCUGCACAUAUACAGAGAAAAAGAAGUAAAGUGAAUCACAAACACCAGAAAACUAAAACCAAAACCCGAAAGACAGUUUUUUUGAGCAAUUCAAAGCACAGGCAGAACCCAACACAACUCCUUCAUUUUCCUCCUACUGUUCUGUUUUAGUCAGAACCCAUUUCUCAAAUCCUCCUUCCAAAACCUGUCAUGAUUUGAUCCAUUUCGGCCAUUUCCCAAAUGGGUUUUCCCUUGAAACCUUUUUCUUGCUUCUUCUUUCUCUGUCUUCUCUCUGUCAAUCUUUCUCAGUCUGCCCUUGAUUACAGCACCUUGGUCUACAAGGGUUGUGCGAAGCAAGCUUUUCAAGAUCCAAAUGGUGUCUAUUCACAAGCCAUCUCUGCCCUUUUUGGCUCUUUAGUCUCCCAGUCCACCAAAACCAAGUUCUUUAAGACCACCACCGGGACUGGCCAAACAACCAUAACUGGUCUCUUUCAAUGCAGGGGAGACCUUAGUAAUACUGACUGCUACAACUGUGUCAGCAAACUUCCAGUUUUAACAGACAAACUCUGUGGCAAAACAAUAGCUGCAAGAAUCCAGCUUUAUGGAUGCUACAUUUUGUAUGAAGUUGCUGGCUUCACACAAAUUUCAGGUAUGGAAAUGCUGUACAAGACUUGUGGGGCUACAAAUGUGGCAGGAAGUGGGUUUGAAGAGAGAAGAGAUACUGCCUUUUCGGUGAUGCAAAAUGGUGUGGUUAGUAGCCAUGGCUUCUACGCCACCAACUACCAAUCUAUGUAUGUUUUGGGGCAGUGCGAGGGUGAUGUUGGAGAUUCAGAUUGUGGCGAGUGUGUGAAAACUGCUGUUCAGAGAGCUCAAGUUGAGUGUGGGAACUCUAUUUCAGGCCAAAUCUAUCUGCAUAAAUGCUUUAUUAGUUACAGUUAUUAUCCAAAUGGGGUGCCCAGGAGAUCAUCAUCUUCUUCCUCGUCUUCCAAUUCAUUUUCAUCAGGGACAGGGCAAAAUACAGGGAAGACAGUGGCCGUUAUAGUAGGAGGGGCAGCUGGUGUUGGGUUCUUGGUCAUUUGCUUAUUGUUUGCAAGAGGUUUGCUGAAGAAACAUGAUGAUUUUUAAGAGAAAGAGAUGGAACUUAAAGAGGAGGCAAGCAAUCAUAUUUCCUCGAGGUGGAUUCUUUCUACAUUUUCAUUUCUUUCAAUAGUAUAAAUGGGGUUUUGUGGUGGACCAAUUUUGAUGAAGAAAAGAUAGGAUAGAAAUGGCAAAUGUGUGCCUGUUGGCACAGCCUGGUAAGGCAGUAUAUCUUGGACUGGAAGUAACUAGGGCUUGAAGUUGUUUCACAAAGGUGAAAGCAUAUAGCAGAAUGAAUUGCUUGUCAAUUUGAAUGGAUGACAGAGGAGAGUUGAAUUAAAGGGUUUUGGCCUUUAUUUUUUGUACA